CCUGUCAGCACGUGAACAUUAAAUUACAUUUCAAUUGCAAGGCCGCCUGUGAACUUGAGCUAUUUCUAACAUGCAGACAUUGAAAAUUGUAGUCAAUUAUAUUUAGAUGUGGGAGUGUUUCUUUACCAUCUUAACUACUGCUUUGAGAGUUAAUUUUGGACACACCCUUUUAAAAAUGUUGGCUUUGAUUUCUCAUUGUUUAAUUUGUAAAAGGAUAUUUGUUUUAAAAGGGCUUUAAAAUCUUAGGAUCAACGUCUAUACUUGUUAAUCAUUUAAUUAAUUACCAUUAAUUUAAAAUGUAUUAUUAAACAGUAAGUCACCUUUCCCUGUUGUGUUGUCUGUGAGUUAAUUUACUGCCUUCAUUCAUCUUGGAAGCCAGAGAAACAAACCUUGUGCCUACAGGUGUCUGCAAAUACAAAUUUGGGUUAGGGAUGAAGACAGAAGAGUCAGGAUGGAAGUGCUGGGUACCACUGCCAAACUGGAGUUUUGUUUCCUCUCUCCUACAGUUUAUCUACACCCUGCUGGUACCAACAGUAGAUUUGUGUCACCUACUGCCUUAUCCUUCUACCAGGUGACAGUAAAGAGGGUCUGAUGUAGAGAAAAUAUUCUAUUUUUUCCCCCAAAAAAAGGAAGGUAAAUUAUGUACCAAUUAAGCCCUGCCCUUUUUUGGCUCUCAGCCCAGCCAGCAGCUACAAAGGAGCAGGAACAGCAAAAGGGCCUGAGCACAUGUGAACAUCCCUGCCCUGAGAGCUCCUGAUGCCCCGGAGUUACGGAUUGUCCAGCACAGAGACCUCUCCCCACCUCACCUGGCCGGGAAGGACUGGGACAGCUGCCAGCCAGCAUUCUACCAAGGUUGCGAUGCCGGAAGGAUCCCCGGAGCAGCUCCCCAGCCGGGAAUGGGAGAGCCAAGGGAAGGAGCCUGCCGGGCUGCUGGGGGACAGGAGCACAAGGACAAUGGUGACAGGAGGCGGAGGCUACCUGGGCUACAAUCUGGGAUGUGCCCUGGUUAGGUCAGGGAUCGCUGUGGUUCUGUUUGAUGUGCGGAAACCUCAGUGGGAAAUCCCCAGCGGAGCCGAUUUUGUCGAGGGCGAUGUGAGGGAUUUCGAUGCAGUGUUCAAAGCAUGUGAAGGGGUUGACUGUGUUUUCCAUGUGGCUGCAUGUGGAAUGUCAGGAUUAGAACAACUCCAAAAGAAAGAUCAGAUCGAAUCCAUAAACGUUGGAGGCACAAAAAUAAUAAUUGAUGUCUGCAAACAAAGAAAUAUCCCCAGGCUGAUCUACACCAGUACAGUGAAUGUGGUGUUUGGAGGGAAUCCUAUUGAAGAAGGAGAUGAAGAAACUGUUCCCUAUUUUCCACUGGAAAAGCAAUUUAAUCAUUAUUCCAGAACCAAGGCAAUUGCAGAUCAAAUGGUUCUUGCUGCUAAUGGAACUUUACUCAAAGGAGGGGACAAGCUCCACACGUGCGUGCUUCGCCCCCCGGGCAUCUACGGACCCGAAGAGCAGCGGCACCUGCCACGAGUAGCCAUAAACAUCCAGCGGAGACUUUUUAACUUCAAGUUUGGGAAUCACGAAGUUCAGAUGAACUGGGUGCACAUAGGAAAUCUGGUACAAGCUCACUUACUGGCUGCUGAGGCUCUCACCUCUGAGAAGGGUUAUGUAGCUAGUGGUCAGGCAUAUUACAUCCACGAUGGUGAAAAUGUGAUUUUCUCCGAGUGGAUCGUGCCCUUGUUUGAAAAAUUAGGCUACAGGAAACCCUGGAUACAUAUUCCUGUUCUGCUGGUUCAUAUAGCAGCCACUGUGAUGGAAUAUCUGCACCUGAUUCUAAAGCCAGUUUUUAGCUUUACACCUUUCUUGACAAGGAAUGAGGUGUGGAACGUGACUGUAACUCACACAUUCCGAAUAGACAAGGCACGGAAUCAACUCGGCUACAAACCAAAGAAAUUCUCAUUUGCUGAUUCUGUGGAUCAUUAUCUCAAAACAAGACCUACUUGCCAAGAAGAUCACACAUUCCUUAAAAUGGUGUUUGUUUUUGGCAUUAUGUUAAGUUUGGUCGUUCUUUCUUUCUUUUAAAAUCCAGUAACUCUCCACCUGUUUCAGAAAGCCUCCUUUUGUUUCUGAAUAUUAAUGAUCUGGUCCUGGUACAUUCCUCAACCACUGUGGACUUUGUUAUUGUUAUAACUAUGAUGACACCUCUCUGACCUCAUUAGAAAGAAAAAAAAAAUAACACACAGAAAAACAAUCACAAAAAGUGAAAAUAUGGGACACAUCAGGAAAUGUUCCCCGGGAGCAAAUCAAAGGAGAGUUCAUCAUUAACCAGUGACCAGGACCAGUGUUAAUGGAUCUUCAUUAAUUCAUUGCUUCAUGCUGAGAGGGAUUUUCUAAAAAUGAUAACUCAGGAGGGUGAGGAGUUGGAAGAAGAGGAAC